GACGCGACGUACGAGAGAGGCAAGGUGAGCGGCCUCACGCGUCUGCCUCCUCUCGCCGCUGAUGCGCGGCGGCUCGCUCGAGGCGCGGCUGCGAAUCUCGGAUCCCGACCGCGCGGCGCAGCUCCGGCGGCUGGGCAUGGAAGAGCCGCCGAGUCCGCUGACGUGGCGGCAGCGCGUGCGUGUCGCGUGCGAGGCGACCGAGGCGCUCGUCUACCUCCACUCGAAGGGCAUCGUACACCGCGACGUCAAGCCGGACAACAUCCUGCUCGACGAGAAGCUGACCGCCGUCCUCGCCGACACGGGUUUCGCCAAGGACCAGCGCCCGGACGCGUCGGUCCGCUGCCGCUCGACUGCCGCCCUUUACAUGACCACGGGCUACCUCUGCCCCUCCAUCAUCAAGGGGGGCGAGUACUCGAGCAAGACGGACGGCUACGCCAUCGGCAUCACCCUCCUCGUCUGCCUCACCAGCCGCUCCGAGGUGCAGCUCACCGACCGGUGCGAGGACGAGUUCGACGAGCUCUGGACCAACAUCGACGCGUCCAAGGUCGCAGACGCGGCGGCGG